AUGGCUGUGGAAAAUGGCGGCAUGCUGUACUAUACGGAACACCGAUAUUACGGCAAAAGCUGGCCAUUGGGCAAUGACAGCUUAAGCCAGCUGGAAUAUCUUAGUGUGAGGCAGGCUUUAGCCGAUCUGGCACACUUUAUAAGCUAUCAAAAGUCCCACUCAGCCCAUCUCGCAAAUGCCAAAGUCAUCUUGGUGGGUGGCUCCUACUCCGGCAGCAUGGUGGCUUGGAUGGCGGAUCUCUAUCCCGAGCUCAUCGAUGCCAGUUGGGCUUCCAGCGCUCCGCUCUUGGCCAAAGCGGACUUUAAUGAAUACAUGGAAAUGGUUAGCAACUCCAUAAAUCUGAGAUAUGGCCGCAAAUGCACGCAACGCAUUCGUAGGGGUCUACAAUACUUGGCCCACAUACUCAAUGGGAAUGAGUCGCGUGAGGUUCUGGAGCAGCUCAAUGCCUGUCCACAUUUUAAUGUCUCGGAUCAGCUGGAUCGCGCGGCAUUCUUUAACGGUAUUGACAAUUAUUUUGCGCUCAUUGUGCAGAGUUACAGCUCCUAUAUACCAGACCUGUGUGAGACGCUUAUGUCCCUACAUCCCACAGAUGAGCAGGCCAUGUUUAAGUUUCUCCAGCUGCUCUAUGGCAAGAAUGGCAGCAAUUGUUUGGACUUUAGCUACAAGGCCAUGUUGCAGCUCUUCACAGACCUGAGCGAUCAAAAUUCAGGCACACGUGCCUGGUUUUUUCAGACCUGCAAUGAGUUCGGCUGGUAUACGACGACCGCUGGCAGUGGGAGCAGCGACUUUGCCAAUCAAGUGCCUUUGUUGUUCUUCGAGUGCUUGUGCCGGGAUGCAUUCGGGCGGAGGCAGACGGCAGCCCAUUUAACCGACGGCAUUGCACAGACGAAUGCGCAAUUCGGUGGCCUCAACUUCAACCAGACCGUAAGGUACCGGCAAGUUUUCUUUACGCAUGGCGAACUCGAUCCCUGGCGCGCCCUCGGCAAACAAUUUGGACAUCAAGCGCUGCUCAUACCGGGCUACUCACAUUGCGAGGAUCUGGGCAGCAUAAAUGUCGGGCAGAGCAUACCCAUGAAUCUGGCCAAGCUCCGUGUCAUGUCCUUCCUGCGACGCCAUUUGUAUUCGCAAUUGCAUUGA